AUGUCGGAGUUUACGAUCAGACGAGCAGACGAGGAGGACAAAGAAGAAAUAUAUCGAAUGUGUGUUGUAAAUAUCUGUGCAACUCUUCGACAAAAGGAACUAGCCAAGUUUUCAGAUGACGUCGUGACAACAACACCCGAAUCUUUGAGGCGUGACCGAAAGUUCUACGAAAGCUUUGUAGUGGAGGCAUCACCAAAUACAGAUGCUGCGUCCAAAUCUUUGAUAGGCUACGCCUUAUACUACUAUUCCUUCUCCUCCUGGGACGGACGAUCAGCCUUCUUGAAUGAUAUCUACGUAUGUCCCAAGCAUAGAGGGAAGGGCAUAGGCUCAACCCUACUGAAGAGAGUGGCACAGGAUGUCGUAGAGAAUGGCUGCGUUUUAUUGGAAUGGUGUGUUCUCAAUUAUAAUACCAGCGCCAUAGAGUUUUACAAAUCAAAAGGUGCCAUUGAUCUUACCGAAACUGACCGUAUCCAUGUAUAUAGGUUACCGACAGAAAGUCUGGAAAAGUUAGCAAAAUAAAUAAAGGAUUAUAUUUUAA